AUGUCGCUGUCGACGAGCUCAGCCGCGAACCCGGAUGCCUCCCGAUCCAAGACUCACAAGUUCCAGGAAGACCAUGCCGCCGUCCAGCGACUGCAGGAAGCCAUCUUGCAUCCAGGGCCCGUGAAGAUCAAUGUGAAGGGGGCGUUUAUUGUGGACGAACAGCCGCCAGAGCAGAACGGAGUUCCUGUCGAUGGCUCGGACGGCAUCCAUUACGAGCACAAGGAUAUCCGGCUACCCCAUCACACCGACGUCGUUAGUCACGUUGCAGUCGAUAUCGGAGGGUCGCUCGCAAAGCUCGUUUACUUCUCCCCAGAGCUCGGUUCUUCGGAUGGCGGCAGACUGAAUUUCCUAAACUUCGAGACCGAUCGAAUCGAUUUAUGUAUCGAGUUUCUCAAACGGCUAAAAGAGAAUCACCGGAAGCUCAAUGGCUCCGCACCAGGCCCCCUUUGUAUUAUGGCCACUGGAGGAGGCGCUUUUAAGUACUACGACCACUUGAAAGAGGAACUAGGCGUUGACAUCAUCAGGGAGGAUGAGAUGGAGUGCUUGAUCAUUGGUAUGAUUUACUAUCGGAUAUCUUGUGAACGCAGUUUAACCAGAGAUGGAGCAGGGCUUGACUUCUUCAUCACCGAGAUCCCAAACGAGGUCUUCACCUACAGCGAGACAUCGCCCAUGGAGUUCGCCGAAGCUCGAACAGAUGUUUACCCCUACCUCCUCGUGAAUAUUGGUUCCGGGGUGUCGAUGGUCAAGGUUUCCGGCCCAAGGCGCUUUGAACGUGUUGGGGGCACAUCGUUGGGUGGAGGUACUUUUUGGGGCCUUAUGUCUCUCCUGACGGGCGCCCGGACGUUCGAUGAAAUGCUCGCAAUGGCCGAAAUAGGAGACAAUAGCGGAGUAGACAUGUUGGUUGGCGAUAUAUAUGGCACGGACUAUUCGAAGAUCGGCCUAAAAUCGUCGACCAUCGCCAGUACCUUUGGCAAAGUAUUUAAAAUGCAGCGUCUAGCGGAACGCAGUGCCAAAGAUCAUGAAUCCCUUGCUCAGAGCGAUACAGAAUCCGAACGCGACGUGUCACAAUUCCGUCGUGAGGAUAUUAGCCGAAGCUUGCUUUUCGCCAUCAGUAACAAUAUUGGCCAAAUUGCCUAUCUCCAGUCGGAAAAGCACCAAAUCAAACACAUCUAUUUCGGAGGGUCGUUCAUCCGGGGACACCGCCAAACCAUGAACACACUCUCCUACGCCAUACGCUUCUGGUCCAAGGGAGAGAAGCAGGCCUACUUCCUCCGUCAUGAAGGCUAUCUAGGCGCUGUCGGAGCAUUCUUAAAACGGCAACCGCAAGAUUGGGGUCGACGGCGGAGUAUUGAAAAUGCUACUGCUACCCGAUUUGCCACGUACCGAGAUGAGUUACGAAAUGCGGCACGGACAGAGGUCGAAUCGCCGUCUACUUAA